AUGUCGACCAAUAUUGAAGAUGGCGAUGCGCCCCCAGAGCUUAUUGAUGUGUCGACGAUGCCAGUAGAACAACCCGUUAUAGAGGAAGAAUCGACGCCUCGAGUCCCUAUCACGCUCGUUACUGGUUAUCUGGGCGCUGGAAAAACCACUCUAUUGAAUUAUAUCCUAAAAGAGAAACAUGGCAAGAAGAUUGCUGUGAUCAUGAAUGAAUUUGGAGAUUCAUCGGAUAUUGAGAAACCCCUCACGGUGAACCAGGGUGGCCAAGAAGUCACCGAGUGGAUGGAAGUCGGGAACGGUUGUAUCUGCUGUUCCGUCAAAGAUACUGGUGUAAUGGCCCUGGAAUCACUCAUGGAACGCCGAGGUACAUUUGACUAUAUUCUGCUUGAAACGACGGGUCUCGCAGACCCGGGUAACAUCGCUCCAGUAUUUUGGAUGGACGAGGGCCUCGGGAGCUCUAUCUAUCUGGAUGGCAUUGUCACCCUAGUCGAUGCCAAGAAUAUUAUGCACCUGCUGGAUGAGCCUACCCCGGAAGAAAAAGCCGACUCUCAUAACGACGACCAUGACCAUGACCACGGCUCUGGGCCAGUACUAUCUAUGGCCCACAUGCAGAUUUCUCACGCAGACGUCAUAAUUCUGAACAAGACGGAUCUCGUCACCCCGGAUGAGCUGGAAGCCGUGCGGGAUCGAAUUUCUGCUAUUAAUAGCGUGGCAAAGAUCCACGUUACAGACCACAGCCGUACGCCGCAAAUUGAAGGCGUUGUUCUGGAUCUACAUGCCUAUGACCAUUUAGCAGAUUUGGACUUCAGUAAGAAGGGCCAUAGCCAUAUUGAUCCCGCAAUCUCAACUGUCGCUGUCGUCACCCCUCCGAUUCCAGCUGAUAAAGUAUCCAAGGUCGAUUCAUGGCUGCAGUCUGUACUCUGGGAGUCAACAUUCCCAGUACCAGCUAAUGGGACAACCCAGACGUAUCCCACAGACUUCGAGAUUCACCGUCUUAAAGGGAUCUUGCGCUUGGAGGACGGCUCGAAUAAAAUUAUCCAAGCCGUACGGGAUGUCUUCGAGAUUCGAGAUUCGGAGCCAACCCAAAGCAAUGGAGAUGAGACGUCGGUUGUUCAGUGUAAAAUCGUGCUGAUUGGAAGAGGAUUAGGGCCAACUGCCGAUACCUGGAGGGAGAGCUUCGAGUCCUUUGUUCGUGGAAAUUGA